GUGUAAAAUUACACAUCAAUCGGGAGCAGGGGUCAUUUGGAAAUAUACCCUAAUUAUGUUAUAAAAUUCAUAAAAAUCAUUUCUUCUUUCAAUUUUGAUAAAAAAUUUUUGAUAAAAAACAAAGCAAUUUAAAAUUUCAACAAAAAAAUGGUGAUAAUUUGGAAACAACAUAUUUCCGGAUCUAUAUGUUCAUCAACUUUUUUUUUGUUUUUGGAUCUUCAAUCAUCUCCUUGCCUUUGAUUUCCACUUUUGAAACAUCCUGUACAGCAUAUUGAAUUCUGUGACACCCGGUAUCCGGUAUGGCAUUCUACCUCCAUGGAAAAUGUGCGCGCGCCUUGAUGAGUUUUCACGUUUUUUUUACGCGAUCGUCAGAAGUCAGGUCAGAAUCAAGGAUUUGGCUGAUCAACCAGGCAGGCCAGGAGAAUUGUUGGUGCGACGAGCGCGCACGUGCAUACAAGAUUCCCUCACGUCCACUUAUUAUUGUUAGUUAGACAACGAAAUGAGUAAAAAACGGAACAGACAGCCAGAUGCAGAUCCUGAUAACAGCGAAGCUUCCACCGAGUCUUGCGAGGAAGCGAGUGCAGGUGCAAAAUGUUUGCAUAUAGCAAAGGCUGUCAAUCUGAAUAAAGUGAAGAAAAACAUAAAGAAGACUGGAAUAAUGAGCGAAUGCGUCACUUGUAAGAAAAUAGAAGUGGAAUUUAAAAAGACAGAGGAAAUUUAUAUCUCGAAGCCAUUGUGGAUUUGUCUACAGUGUGGAGAACAAAGUUGUGGCAAAGAGCAAAAACAGCAUGCUAUAGAACACUAUAAGAAGCCCCACAGUGAUUGUCAUUGCAUAGUGAUGGAUACUCAUCAUUGGAGUGUUUGGUGCUAUCAGUGUGAAAUUGAAGUUCGUCCUAAUAGCAGUAAAAAGUUAUUGGAAACCAUUGAGUUCAUCAAGAAAUGUGGCACUACAUUCCAAAUACAACAGUUGAAAACACCAGUAAUUCAAUGUCAAACAGAGAUAAUAGCCGAUGAGCAGGAGAAAGAGAAGCAUAAAAUAUUAAACAAUCUUCCUAAAGUUGGGGGUUUAGUAAAUCUAGGAAACACCUGCUUCUUCAAUGCUGUGCUUCAGUGUCUAGCACAGACUCCUUAUCUAAUGAAAGUACUGGAUGAUCUGCGUUUACCUGGACAAAAAUUUAUCUUACCAGGUGGAAAGCACAAACUUUUUGAUGCAGAAGAAGAAGAGGAACUUCCACCGAUUGAGGGGACCUUAGAACGAUGGGGCAGUUUUACAUCAGUCCUUUGCGAAACUCUAUCGAAAAUGCAAAACACUAAUGGCUAUCAAAUAUAUACGCCUCUGAAUCUCUUGUGUAAACUUAGGAAAAAAACUACGCAAUGCGUUGAUGGAGGGCAACAUGACUCUCACGAAUUACUUCGACAUUUAUUGGAAAUAGUGCGGAAUGAGGAUCUUCGGAGAUACCAGAUCAUAAUUCUGAAGGAAGUAGGCUUGAGUGAAAAAACAAAACCGGAUUGUGUGGAAAAGAAUCUGAAAUCUCGGAUAAAAUUCUAUGGCAACCAGGCUAGCACACGAUUAUUGGGACCAGAAGCUGUAUUUCGUGGCGUGUUGGUGUCUACCCUACAGUGUCUGGAUUGUCAUCAUUCGUCGCAACGCACUGAGCCAUUUCUAGAUCUGAGCCUGCCUGUCACAGCAGACAAACCACAGCCUCCGCUCUUGAAAAGGAAGAAUAGUGAAAUCGAAACCUCUGAUGUGAUGAACACUCAGCAACGCGAUUAUCAAGCUCUCGACAUGUCUUGGAAGCAGUUAAAAAAAGAAAAGAAGGCAGCUAGAAAAAAUCGAAAGAUUAAAAGACAUGAGAAUCAUAACAAUUAUGCAUUAAAAGAUUCGAGCAAACCCACGGAAACAAAUAAUGACAACAUUCCGAAGUCAGAAGAGAGUGACGCUGACAUAGAGGACAACAUCGAAGGGGAUCAUUCUCAUCUAGAAAUUGGAGAGUCCGGAUACAGUUCAGAGAAAGCAUCCGCCGUUACAAGUCCUAUAUCUCUUACUGAUCCUCACCAUCAUUAUCCAAGCAAUGACUUCAAUAACGAUAUCAACAAUCUGACCAGUCUGGAAGAUGGUAAUCUGGGUAACAAUGCGGACAUAACACAAAUUAGACAUCUGGUGAACAUUAACAUGUUAACUAGUCCUAGUCCAACCGAUGUAUCGAUGACAGACUCAACUCAAAUCAGAAUGCUGUCAGAAAAAAGUGACAGGAAUGUCGGCUCAGUUAGCUCCGAGAAUGAAGCGUCGGCUAUGACGUUAUCUACCUCCAUGAUUCCUAAUUCUGAUGUCACGAGCCCUGAAGUGCCCACUGCAAGUUUAAGUAGCUCGGUUGCUUCUAAAGAAAGCCCCAUUAGUCCCGUUAAUGAUUCAGAAAGAUUGGUUGGUAUUGAGACAAAGAUGGCAACUACUCCAUCAAAGUGCAAUAGAAAAAAAUAUAAUAACGGAACUCCUAAUAGAGAUGAUCCCGAAAAACAAGAUUUAUGUAAUGAACUUGGCGAUAUAAUGGUGGGAAUGUCUAGAGUGGGAAUUUCUGAACAUCAAUCUGGCAGGUACACAACUAAAGAAGGCGAAUGUUCUGUGGAAUCAUGUUUAAAUCAAUUUACUGCACUGGAACUAAUGACGGGGAGCAACAAAGUAGUGUGUGAAGCAUGCACAGCUCGCGAGAAAAAGAAUCAGGAGAACUUAUCGAAAAUGGUAUGCACAUCGAGUACCAAGCAAUAUCUAAUCUCUCAAGUACCUCCAGUAUUGAUAUUACAUCUGAAGAGGUUUCAAACGCAGAGAGUUGGUUUUCGGAAAGUUCUCAAACACGUAUCAUUUCCGAUGUUAUUAAAUUUAGCACCGGUUUGCACAGAUCAUAAAAAACCUCGACUCUAUGCGCUUUAUGGGGUUGUCGAGCAUAGUGGGACCGUUCAUGGUGGUCAUUACGUUGCUUAUGUCAAGACAAGACUGCCAUUAUCACCAGAUGAUCAUCGAUGGAAUUUUCUUCCUAAGGAUAAGGAUCUUAAGCUAGAUGACAAAUCAAAUAGUAUUAGUUUGGAUUCGGAAGAGGAAGCAUCGGCGAAAACCGAAUCUGUUGUAGAACCACCUCCUGGAAGGUGGUAUUAUGUAUCAGAUUCUCGGGUAUCGGAAGUGGAUGAGAAUUCAGUGUUACAAAGUCAAGCAUAUCUUUUAUUCUACGAAAGAAUUCUCUGAUCCAAUCGAACGAAGACAACCCUGAAAAUCAAAGGAGUCGCAUUUCUGGUUUUCAAGCAAAAAGAAAACGAACUUCUAAUGAAAAUUUAAAUUCUAUAAUUUUUAUAUUAUACUGCAUGUUAUUGAAUAUAUGAAGUAUGUAAUUAAUGCCAAUAAUUUUAUUGAUUGUAUGUACAUUGCAAGAAAAAAAACUGGAAACUAUUAGAAAUAUUAAAAACUAAGUUGUUUCUUAUGAUGCUAAUGAUAAAUAUAUUAAUUAUCCAUAAAAA